AUAAUUCUGCUUCACCUCUCUGCAAUGCACAGGUUUAAUAGUCAUGCUUUAGGGCUUUUUGGAGGUGUUCAUUUGGAAUUUGCUUCCCGUUGCAAUCAGCGAAUGUGCAGUUUCAGGCACCAAAGCGUAGUGUAGUGAUGUGAUGAGGCGUUGUGAUGUUAACUGGAACUGGCACCAUUCUCAAUCCAGACCGUUAUGUAGGCGACCCACUCGAGUUUACCGUCCAUUACGGCUAUGAGCCCUAAAAUAUUAGCUAAAUUAGUGUAAUUACCUCUCAGAUUAUCAUCCAAAGCGCUCUUUUCUUCCAUCCUUUAUUCUAAUUUGCAGUGGUUCUCUUCGUAUUUAAGUUUUGCGCCGCAUUUUGAUUAGGGUUCAUCGCCUUUGGGUUUCGAUCAUGUCUUCCUUACAUCAUCUGCGGACUACCGAAAGAGUCGUGUGCAUGCAUAGCGAUCAGGAGAUUCAUACGUACUCAUUGUAUAUCUUAUGGUAUUCCUGUAAUUGUCGAAUUUACUUGUCCAAAAAGCAGAGAGAGAGCACAUGCUUAGAAUUGUAGCCUCAUCUGUUAAUGUGAAACCAUUGAAUUGCAAAAUAAAAUUGGAUCUCAGCAGCAAUAGACCUUGCAUUUCCAACGCUUGAACGUCGGUGAAGCCACUUUUUGGUAAUUCUCUGCUCGUCAACUUGGUCACGUGUUUCCUUAACGAAUAAACCCGACAAUGCUCGGGUAAUGUUGUACACUUGUGACAGGGGUUCAUGAUUAUCUCCGAAUGCUCUUUGAACAACAGUGUUCAAAUGAUCGACUUCUGAAAUUGUCUCCAGAGUGCUUUGGGAACCCCGCUGGCGUGCUUACAUCCUGGAUUUAGUCACGUGCUUAUCAGAUUUAGAGUAUUUUCACAAGUCUUUUGUCGAAUUUUCUUGCUUACCAAAUUAUUGCGUUGCAUGAUCUGGAUUCUACCCUGCUGUAAUUCCUUACUUAUGUGUUGCACUUUUGUCAAGGUUUAUUGCUUUUCGCCCGCCUACAUUGCUGGUUUAAGUUUCCAGUAGCUCAGCCUUGUAUACUCUGUUUAUUUCUUCCCAUCAAUCAAAAAGAACCUAAACUGAAUUGUUUCUUUGCUUUUAGUCUAUGACAUGUGGCAUUCCUUCGAAAAGACAAUGUUGCAACUUCGAUUCGCAGUUGAAUAGGACGAGAAAGAAUCUGUCAAGAGGGUAUAGCAACUCGUAGAACGAACGAAUGUGCUUCAAAAUACCAUUGAGAGCUCAGUAAAGUUUGGACUCUUUCGAUUGUCUGUUGAUGUUAGGGAACUAUCUUCAGCGUGCAAGGAUUGAACAAAAGACGAGGAAAUUGUUGGAAUUGAGUAGUUCAGUCUGUCUUGUGGGGAAGGAUUCUAUCAUGGACCCCGAAGAGGAUACCGCUGGUAGUGGGUUACAAAUGCUCUUGGACAGGUGGAAGCUGCAGGAAGAACAGUUGCAAAUGUUCGAGGAAAGUUUGAAAGAGGUGAAUUGUUUUAUGACGAACAAAGAGGUUCAGGAAAACCCGGAUUCGAGUGUUCUCGAGGCAGUGACGCAGCAAUCUCUGCUUGUUUUUAACAAUGAUAUGCCAGGCGCAAUUGAUCAAGAUUCGACCUUUUGCCUGUCCUCUGCCCGAAGCAUUGCCUCGACUGAAGACGGCUUUGGGUACAAUCUGCGGAAACUCGGGCAACAUGCGGUAGAAGACACAGAUACGCUAGCUCCGACCAAGGAUGAUGAAUCAUUGGAGGAGUAUGAAAGGAGGAUUUGGGAAAUUGUUCGGAGGGAUGAAGACUUCUUAAAUGCCAACAUUGGCGAAGGAAGGAGUGCUUUUCCGCAGGAAGCUGCUUGCACAUCUUCGAAAGGCAUUGUGGAAAGAUUAAGCAGUGCAACGGCACUGUUGCCUGCGGAACAGUUGAAGGUCCUGAAAAUCGCUGUAGAUGUCGAAGAUAAAGAGCCAAGCCCGCGUAGAAGUUUCUUGGGAGCAAUGAAAAUGACGAGAUGCGGGGGGCAACGCGAAGCAUCUGCAUUUGAUAAACCCAACCCAUCCAUCAAAAUUGAGGGAGACGGAGCUGACAUUUCAAGAGCACAACUACUAGCACGUCUUGCCAAUGUGGUUGAUGAUUGUGAACAGAAACAACAAAUACCUAAUUUUAUGUUCGUUGAAGAGCUAAAAGAGAUAGUAACAGCACCAUUGGUAAAUAAAUGUUCUGAGACCAUUAGGGGAGCUUCUAACGUGGUGAACCUGGAGUCAGGGUCUUCAUCCAUAUGUGAUGAGGAAGGCAGCAGUCGCGACGAACUGUCCGAACAGAGAGCCAGGAUCGUGGAGGGGAUCAUGGCAGCUGAAGUCCAGAGGCAGAUGGAAAGAGAAAAACUACAGAUUCGCCGGAAUGAGGCUUUGAACCAAGAAGCAGCGGCAGUAGCGAACAUGGAGAAGUUUCUCAAAAAUCAGUUACAAAUUGAGCAAGAGGGGAAGCAGGGAGCCAUGGAACAAGAUGAUAAAUUGUGGCAGCAGAGAUAUGAGCAAGAGCAGAGGGUGUAUGAACUUCAGCGGGAGCUGGAGUUCAGUAACGCUACUCUCCGAAAAAUGACCGUCACUUGGGAAAUAUAUGAAGAGCCACCGGCGAAAACUAAAAAGUUGGAAGAGGAGGAAAAGAACACAACAGCGCAAAGGAUUGGAAGAGCUUUCAGGGAGCGGAAAAGAUGCAGAGAGCUCGUCUAUUGUUGUACUCUCAUCCAAAAAGUUUUCCGGGGAUUCCUCUCUCGGCGCAUAUUUCGGGAGCUUAAAGGUCAGAGAUCCAAGAUAUUUCUCCAGGAGAUACUCAAAUCUACGGCUAAGAAUCGCGAGGCUGCUUUUAAGAAUCUGGUACGGGUUUCUGAAAUAAGCAGUCCGGAGGAGUACGAAUCCGCCAUGGAAAGAGCAUUGUCAUUAGAUCUUGGAGAAGAAGUUGAAUUGAUACAAGAACGCAGAGAAGCUGCCAAGGUGGAAAUGAGCAACUGGUUGCGGCAGGUACCAGCUAGUUGUUUGGGAUCCAGAAGUCUGAUUGUUUCUGACAAGAUCAAAGAAGCUCGACGAUUAGGAUUGACGACAUUGGCAGAGGCAACACAGGCGAUUAUGUUAGAGAAAGAAAACAACAUAUUGACAGAAUUAGAGAUUUCAAUGAGGUCUGGUGCUCUGAAGGUUUUCCAUCAGUGUCAGCGAAAAUCUAAAUUUUUUGGUUUGGGAGAGCCCGUCGAAAAAUACUCUGCGGAAUUUAGGGAGAGGGUUGCCAUGGUGCAGAAACGGUUGAUGCAAGCGUCAGUCCGCAACUACGAAGCAAAUGUCUUGAACCUCUUACUGGAGGGAUCCGAUCUAGGUUUAGAAACAGAGGUAGCUGCAGUUGUAAGAAAUAUUCGCAGCCAAGUUUUAAGGUUUGCAAAGGGGUUGAUUGAAAAAAUUAGCAUCUUUAUCAGUAAAGGUGAUGGUUUUCUUGAAAAGUGGAGUGAACUUCAAUCUUGGGGUAAAGUCUUUGGAAUUGGAGAAGAUGUUUUGAAGUCUUUGAUGCAGGCAAUAGGAUGCAGUGUUCUUUUAGAGCACACAAAAGUAAAAAGGUCUUUAGUCGUAGUUCUUGAAUGUGACUUCAUGGGGCGUCCUGUUUGUUAUUCAUGUGAAACACAGAGUGCAAUACUCAACGUAAAAGACUUGGAGUUGAAGUAUUCUGAUUCGAACAUUGAAGCAAGUGAAUCGGUCAAAAGAAAAUUUUCAGGAUAUGUAACAAUUCCCUCUCUGGACACGUAUUCAAAAAGCUGGAAUAAAAUCGGCAAGCUGAAGAAUAGAUGGAAAAAUCACUGUUCUCAAGCGUUUCUGAAAACUUUGCCAUCUAAAAGGCGAGCUGAGCCUUUGGGAAUUUCCAAGACACAACAGGAUGUCGUUCUAAAAACCCAUCAUCAUCAAAGCGGCGCACACUAUACAAGAGAAGCUAUAGAUAUUAGUUCUGUUGAAGAAAAUGGAGUUGUGGACCAUGUUAUUGAUGGUGAUUAUUGGUACACCCUACGGCCACACUUGCGUGGGAUGGAAUCCUCGUCCAGCUGUACUCUUACGAGAAAAUUGCUGGAAUCAAGUGCACAUUGUAACCGAACCGGACUGCUGGGUGUCACGAAACUCAGCAUACCGCACAAGGAACUUACAUCCCUAGGCAUUGGGAUGCUCGGCCGAUGGUGCCCCAAGUUGCGGAUCUUCAUGAUCAAUGAGAACAGGCUCAGCACCCUCAAAGGAGCAUUUUAUGGUUGCGAGGGGUCAUUGGAGUAUGUCCUUGUCAAGGACAAUCUUCUUAAUGAUUUAGAGGGUUUAGAGUCCCUACAGAACCUGAAAGUUUUAUUUCUUGAGGGGAACUUCAUUUCCUGUAUUGGCUCAGGCACAGGCGUGCAAAUAGAUUCAGAGGAAAUGAAUGUUGCCGCAGCAAAAACAUCUGGAAGCAGUUGUUUAUCCACAACUCCACGCGCAUCGUGUAGGAGUUACCAAGGGACCCCAAGAAUUGCUGAAGUCAGAACUGAUUCUACUCGUCGUGAAUGUGUAACCUCUAGGGACACUAACAAGCAUCGUGCAAGUACCCUAUGGCCUAAGCUGGAGAAGCUGAGUUUGGGUAACAACAGGAUAUCCAGGAUAUGGGAAUUGGGUAGCCUUUUUCCAAAUCUGGAAGUUCUGGAUCUUAGAUCCAAUGAGCUUGUCACGCUCGGUGGAUAUGAAGGAAAGGGGCUUUCUGGCCUAAAACAUCUUCGACUUCUUGAUGUUGGGCAGAAUAAAAUCAAAGGCAGGAGUCUCUGGAACGGUUUGGGCCACUGCCAGUUAUUAGUGUCCUUGGUUGCCUCAAGGAAUCGGUUGACGGAGCUUCCUACCCACUUUGGCAGUGUGAUGCUUCGUGAAAUUUGGUUGAAUGGAAAUUGUAUACGACGCCUUGCAUGUAAAGCUUGGCUUCCUAAUCUGCAGCGGUUUUACUUGCAGGAUAACUUGAUCGACAAUCUCGAAUCCUUGUACGGUUGCCCCUCUCUUGAGGUACUUGACAUAUCCUUCAACAAUGUAUCACAGCUAACCCAACUAAAUCAUUUGGCAUCGCUUCGUCGGUUGCGGACACUUCAGAUGAAUGAUAACCCCAUCUCGGAUCAAGAAGAUCACGUUGGCAAGGUUUUGGAGGCAGUUCCUUGGCUAAUUGAACUUGACAAUGAGCUAGUUGAAGAUAGCUUUCGAGAGAAAGCAGUCCAGUCUAUUUUCUCGAAGAAUAUGGCGGUUGCGGGCAUUCGAUAUCUUGACGAAAAAAUAGCUCGUGCAGAAAGACCUUUUUUAUCGUUUGCAAACCCUAAAGACGUGACAAAACACUGGCUCGGAGGUUUCAGUGACCGAUCUGAUUCUAGCAAUCAAUCUGGACUUGCCAAACUAGAAGCAAACAAUAGGGAUAUAAUAGCGGUAAUGCAAGGUAAGGCAAAAUCAGCGGUUUUGUGGGCUGCUGUCUUUGACCUGCAUCGAAUAGCCGAAACUAAUCCCAUUUUAAGGACUCGUUUGAGUUGUGCAAUGGGGACUAACUUGCACCCUUUGGUUUCCCUUCCUUGUGAUACAAAUGAAGAGAACUGGAAUCACCUCGCCUUUCAGGAAAUGCUUGAAAGCCACAGGAAAAGUCAAUCAUGGUCGAAAGAAACCAGCCUGAGAAAGGAGUUUUUUGGGCAAGAAAGCAAGUCUGGACCUCAGAUGACGAAGGGAACCAACCUUAGUAAUGAAGGCAUCAUGAGUGUGUCUCACAAUGUUGAGCGGUACCUGUCAGAUCACUUGGAGGACGAAGACUUCAAGUACAAAAAUGUUUUCAAAGAGAAUCUGGAGUAUAAAGCUGAUAUUGAAGUUGAACUGUCGAGAGUCAGACGGUUGCAAGCUUUAGCAAGGGACAUGCUGACUAGGAAAAGGUUAAUAAAGAUGCAGAAGCUGGCUGUAGAUGUCCUUGCGCCACGAGAAGCACACACAGAAGCAGAGAGGCGGAGGUAUCAAAGCAGUGCACUAAGAAUUCAGGGCGCUUGGAGAAGAUGGGUACGAAGAAAAUUUAUGAUAUCAGUUGUUAAAUUGCAAGCCUACUGGAGAGGCAUUCGCACAAGGAAACGUUUUCGACAAGCUUUAAGCAAGCUCCAAUUCAUUGAUGAUGAUGAUUUCGAAUAUGUUGCUGUUGAUGAAAGCGAAUAUACCCUCGAUCCCACAGUAUUUGAGAAAAAUUUCAUACCCUCCAAAUUUCGAGUUUCCGUUGAGGCUUUGGUCUGUUUGACAAAGAGAUUUAACAUGGAAACAAGCUCUAAAGAAGAAAUUCAAGCCAAAAUAUCAAAUAAAGAGGGUUGUGGAUCAGGUUCAAGCGAGAAUAUCGACCCAUGGCUAACUCGGAGUGCUGAUAAGUUGCGAGGAACGGAAGUUGCAAUUCCAUAUGAUUUUAGUCAAAGCGAUGACAUGCGGAUACAAAAUGAAGAGAUGGAAACACCAAGCCAGUCGGUCAAACGAUUGUAUCGGAUGAAAAGUACUGGUUCUCGUUUCCAUCUACCCAAGAUAGAAGUCGCACCCACCACUGCAGCAACGCCACCACUUGACGCAUCCAAUUCUCUGAUAACAAGUGCAGGAGAGAUAAGCAUCGUAGUGCAGAAUGAAGUUUUUCAGAGAUCGCUAAAAGAAACACCACGAUGUGCAAUUGAAUCUGACCGAAAAGCUAAGGCACACCUCUGUGGAAAGGAAGUUCGAGCUGAGAAGAAGAAAACAACUAUAGCGGAGAUCGCUAAAGACUGGGGAUUUAAUGAUGAAAGGACAGCUGAGGCAUACAUGAAGUCCAGGACUAAGGUUAUGAAAAAGCUUGAAAAAGUUAAAGCUGUACAUCAAGGUGCACAAAGCCGAUUUGAGUUGUUCAAGGCCAGAUCAGAAGAAACUUUGGCCCACUCACCUCAGUGUGUACAUGUCAAAAAAACUGCCCAGCGACCAAGGAAGAUUAAGCAUGAGGUCAAAGAUGUCCCAGAUGAAGAUACAACCAGCUUGGAUAAGUUUCACGGCUGGAGCCCUUCUUCCGCUGCAGCCGAUGCAACUAACACUACUGGGCAUCAUCUACUGUUUAGUGGCGACGACACCAGAAAGCAUCCUUGUGUCUCUGUGCUCGCUGUUAGGAGGAGGGACAAUCGUAAUUGCCGACGAUGAUUCUACACGACACCAAAGGUGUUAAGCACGCUUAUCUUAUUUAAAUCCAAAGUGUAAUCACCUGACUCCAUGCGUAUAUCCGUUGCACAACGCGCAGUUUCGAAAUGAUGUUGCAUCAUGAAUGGUCGCAUACUUACUGAUCUUCUGCAGACCCUCAUGAGAUUGAGGAAUUCAAUUCGUCCUUGCUAAACAAUUUUCCGAGGCUAUCGACGCAAAGCAGAUAACAUAUGUGAUGAAUCUGCUCAUGAAAACCUGAAGCAACCGGGAGAAUAAGUUAUAAUCAAUAAUUGUCUUAUUAGUGUAACCUUCAAACUGGAUACUUGUGAGUUGUUUAAAGCCCCCUCUUCUGGGUUUAAGGGCGUGAAUUGUCAAAUAUUAAACACACAAUUGUGUAUGGUCAUCUGAGGGAUACAUGUUAGACUGAAGAUCUUGUACUAAUAUACUUGAAACAUUGACAUUUGGAA